AUGGCUUCUGCGACCGGAAUUCCGCCAAAUGUCGCUGCGGCGCGCGGCCAGAGCGAAGAAGAGCCUCUUCUAGGCAGAAGAGGAGAUGCUAGCCAACUGCAUGGACAGCCACUCUAUCACAACCUGUGGAUCGGCACUGCUCCCAUCGCGCAAGCAGGCAUAUGGAUCCUAGCAGCCAUAAUCUGGGGAGCCAUCUUCUCCAACAAACUCAUCUUCUUCUCCGCACAUCCACUCCUCAACUCCGCCGGCUUCCUCCUCGCGAUCCAAGCCGCUCUCGUCCUCCAACCCACGCACACGCCCGAGCAGAAGCGCUCCGGCACCAUUGCCCACUUCCUCUUCCACGCCGUGGGCGCAUCGGCGCUAACAGCCGGACUCAUCAUCAUCGAGAUGAACAAAGCGGGCCCCGGCCACGCACACUUUGAGUCUGCGCACGCCCGUCUCGGUCUUACGUUUUACAUACUCGUCUACAUUCAGGCUAUUGUCGGCUUCACGCAGUACUAUGUCCCGCAGCUAUAUGGUAGCGUGGAUAAUGCAAAGAGCGUGUACAAGUACCAUAGGAUGGCGGGUUAUGUCAUUGCCGUCUUGGGACUUGCGACGAUUUGCGCGGCUACGUGGACGACGUAUAAUUUGAAUGUGGGGGGUAUUCAGCAUUGGGCUGUUAUUGUUGCUAGUGUGUUGGUGCUGGUGGGUGUUGUGCCGAGGAUUAGGCUGAGUAAGUUUGGGAUUAAGACGGAGGAGGGCGAGGUGAGGUUGCAGUAG